AUGGAGAAAAAACGAACAUCAAAAAAACAAUUCAAAAUAUACACCGACUAUUUAAAAACAAACAAAAUUCUUUUAACGGGCAAGUUAAGUCCUUCCACCAAUCCUGAGGACUUGGAAGCUGUAUGGAGGAGUUUAGUUCAGGAAUUAAAUUCCUGCGGAGAUGGUCCCAUCAGAGACAUAGUAGCUUGGAAAAAGGUUUUCACCGAGUGGAAAGGAGUCUGUCGGAAGAAGGCCAGAGAGAACAAAGCCCUUUCCGAGCUUGAAGCUCAGGUGAUAGAGCUUACUGGUCGAGGGGCAAUUUCAGGGCUUGACACGGGUGAGCUAGGUCUUCCCCAGCCUAACAGGCCAAUAAAAGGAGAUCAAGAUUUAACUUAUCAGCCAGGUUCCUCACAGACUGUUUAUUCUGAAGCAAAAGGUAUAAGUGGUGAUUCAGAAGAUGAAACGGAUUCCGUUCCACCCAGUGAACAACCAUCAGAACAAACCCAAUCUGCUAGCCAGUCUGUUAAAACCAAAAAAAAAAAGUCGGAGAGAAUAGUUUACAAACAAUAUUCUAUGUAUGUGCAGUUUAUAGAAAGUAAGGGCAAAGACUUCACUGAAUUAUGUAAGGAACUGAACAAAGUACCUGGUGGAGCUUCUAAAAGUGUCCAAGAAUGGCAAGAGGCAUUUUGGAGGUGGAAAAAUACAGUGAAAAGAAAAGCGAGGGAAAUUUAUAUUGAUCACCACCUCACAGGUGGAGGCUUGCCCAAUCCAAAAGUUUUGACUGAGCUUGAGGAAAAGCUGUUGGCUAUUCUCAGCAUAUUAUGCAUUCAAGGAAUGUUGGUACCUGAGCUAGGUUUCUUGAAACCAAAGGAGUUGGGAAAAAAUCAGCCGAAGCAACCUCGAAGGAAAAAGGUGGUUACAUGUCAUUACAUAAGAUAUCAGAGGAAAACGAAAAAACAAAGGAAAAUUUUACAUUUAAUGAGAGCCGGAAGCAAAAAGUUGCAGAAUAGCCUGGAAAGAUUUAUUAUAGCUAUUAAAAAAAUUGUAGAUGCUAUGAAUAGAUAUGCUUUAAUUCAGUUAAAAAUGCGAAUGUUUUUCAUAACAUCUGUUUUAUAA